AUGGCGCAAUCUAUCAACCUCUUCAUUUCAAUCUCACACUCCACCAAGCCCUCGCUCAGCUCCCCCAACGCCGCUCUCCGUUUCGCCCUCGCGAAGAACCCUAGUCGGACCUCCCUCUGCGUCAGGGCCUCUGCCGCCUCAGACUCAAAUCCGGCGUUUCUGACAUCAGGAAACGGCGGUGGUGCCGUUUUAGCAGCCGAUCGUUUGCGCACGGUCGCUGAUUCCAGCUCAAUCGACGUGGAUGCGGUGACGGAGGCGGAGCUGAAGGAGAAUGGUGUUAGAGCUUUCGAUUCGGCUCUUCCAGAGCGCACUAUUAAUGUGAACUAUGGUGGCUUUGCCGAAGAUGUAGAAAUUGGAGAUGAGCUUCUCGUAGAUGGUGGAAUGGUGAGGUUUGAAGUGAUUGAGAAAAUUGGUCCAGAUGUCAAGUGUCUUUGUACUGACCCUGGGCUUCUAUUACCCCGGGCUAAUCUGACAUUCUGGCGUGAUGGGAGCCUGGUGCGUGAACGUAAUGCUAUGCUACCCACGAUAUCUUCUAAGGAUUGGUUGGACAUUGAUUUUGGGAUUGCUGAAGGUGUUGAUUUUAUUGCCAUAUCGUUCGUCAAGUCCGCUGAAGUCAUAAAGCAUCUUAAGAGCUAUAUCAAGGCACACGCUCCUGAUAGGUGA